GUGCAAAGAGUCACUAAUCCCAACAAUGGGGAUUAUGCAAACAGAAUGAAUAGACCAACCAACACACAGACUCAACCACCACCACCACCACCACAGGUGCUUCUGGGGAAUAGACGAAUCUCUGCUGAGAACAACACCACCACAAACAACAACAACAACAACAACAACACCCGAAGUAUUGCUCCCACCAAUGGCACUCGUCCUACGAAUAAUAAUAAUAAUAAUAAUAAUAAUA